UCUAACCCAAUCAUUACGCACACCCUUAAUCCAAUCAUUAAACCACCACCUGGCUUUCUCUCUUCUCAGGCAUGGCGGUUUCUCUCCUCACCAUUCCCCCAAAACUCCCUUUCUCUCUCUAAAUUUUCCCCCUCUCUCUCUACAUACGCGUGUGUAGAUCACCGUGAAUUCUUAUUUGUUGAUUCUCUCUCUCUCUAGUUCCAUGUCAAUUUUAAUGAUUUUCUCUCUCUCCCUCUGAUAAAACCGGAAUUUUCAGCCUUAUGGCGAUCGUUACUGGGGACAGAUACCUUGAAUCCCUACUGAAAUUCGUCGAAAACCAAGCGGGACCGUUAAUUGAAAGAACCCUAGUGCUGAAGUUGAACCCUGUGGGCCUCCACUACGUGCACUCGAGGCUGGAAGCCUUGGCGGAGCUCGAAAGCCUUCUGGCCGGCGCUCCGGUGGAUUAUUUGCGUGCUUACGUUUCAGACCUCGGCGACCACCGAGCUUUGGAGCAGCUCCGGCGGAUUUUGAGGUUGCUGACGUCAUUGAAGGUGAUCUCAGUUUUGCCACCACCGGCGAGGGACCCCACGCCGUUGUCGUUGCUGCCGUUUGGGCGGUUGAGGGUUUUGGAGAUUAGAGGGUGUGAUUUGUCGACGUCGGCCGCCAGAGGAUUGCUGGAGCUGAGGCAUACCUUGGAGAAGUUGAUAUGUCACGAUUCUACUGAUGCACUAAGGCAUGUGUUUGCUAGUAGAAUUGCGGAGAUAAGGAACUGUCCUCAAUGGAACCGGCUAGCAUUUGUUUCUUGUGCUUGUAAUGGAUUGGUUCUCAUGGAUGAAUCUUUGCAACUUCUUCCUGUUGUCGAAACCCUUGAUCUGAGUAGAAACAAGUUCGCAAAGGUGGAUAAUCUUCGGAAGUGUACAAAAUUGAAGCACCUGGAUAUUGGUUUCAAUCACCUGAGAACAAUUUCAUCAUUUGGUGAGAUCUCCUGUCAAAUUGUUAACCUUGUUUUGAGGAACAAUGCUCUAACUACGUUAUGUGGCAUUGAGAAUCUGAAGUCACUAGAGGGGCUUGAUCUUUCCUACAAUAUAAUUUCCAGUUUUUCAGAGAUGGAGAUCCUUGCAGGCCUGCCAUUUCUGCGGGGCUUGUGGUUGGAAGGAAAUCCAUUGUGUUGCGCACGAUGGUACCGAGCACAAGUGUUCAGUUUUUUUCCACAUCCAGAUAAAUUGAAAUUAGAUGACAAGCACAUCUGCACGUCUGAGCUUUGGAAGCGAGAAAUUGUUGUUGCCAGCAGGCAGAAACGACCUGUUAGCUUUGGGUUCUAUUCACCAGCAAAAAGUGAUGCCACCUUAGCGUGGAGUAUCAAUACAAAGAGGAAAAAACCGUGUCGUCUCGCUAGUAUUGAGAGUGAAGAGCAGAGCACGUGUAUAUGUUCUGAUGAAGAAUCAGUGUCAUGUGACAAUGAGGUUCAUAGUAGAGUGGAGAACAUUGUUUCAGAUUCGGAAGCUGAAAUAGUUGGCCUGAUGAAUAGAAUUGAAUUUAUGAAAAAGGAGCAUUCCCUUCUAUGGUUGCACGAGGUUAAAGAUUGGAUGAAUCAAGCAUCUGAUAACCUUGCUGAUAUUAGUAGAUAUAGUGGGGCCAUAUUGAAUACUAAUGGGGACAGCAAUCUGAAAAACAAGAUGAACUGUCUGCAUCUUGGCAAGACAUCAAGAUAUAGAUCUGACGUGGUUCAACCUUCUGGAGGUGAGAGUAGUACAAAUGUUCUAGAAUCUGAUAAUUCCUUUUCAGAUAUGUCUAUUGGUUUCAAUGCUCAACAAUACUCUGAUCGAAUUGGUGAAGUUGCAUCAAAGUUCUUCAUGGGGCAUAGUGGUGGGGACUCUGUGUCUGACACUGAAAGAAUCGGUCUGAAUCACGAGCAUACAAAAUCGUACAAUACUGGACAGGAUCAACGUCUGAAAGUGAGAAACUCCUUUGCAGUCCCGGAAGGUUAUAGGAUAGGUGCACCAAACAGUGGCACACCUUUGACUGCUAUUGAUGAUAUUAUGGAUUCUUAUACAUCUUCACCUUGCCCUGGAUCACCUCCACAUUAUCAAGAGGAAAUCCUGCAUCGUCGCCAAAACUUGGAGGAAGAAUUUCUGCAGCUAUCUGCAGAAUCCUAUUCAGUGGCAUCUUCUGAUAGUGAUACUAGCUGUAAUGAAGAAGAUUCUGCUGACUUGGGGCCAUUCAUUCCCCUGGUUGAUCAAUCAGUGAUUGACAAGUUUACCGAGAGGAGUGUGGAUGGCAACUUGCCUUUACUUCAUUCUGAUGAUCCAUACAUUGACAAUAGGCAUGAGGUUUCACAGUUAACAGAAAAUGGCAUUCAUUUAUUGAAUUCCUGUGCUCAAGGAAACUCUGAUACAAUGGGACUUGGAAAGCCAGACAGCUCCCUGCAAUUGUCUGGAAAUAGUUUUCCUGCUGGUGUGCUUGACGGUGAAAUUGUACAUUUUGUAGAGCAGGAGGCUGACUGGUUUGAGAAGAAAAAAAGCAAGAGGAAACCUAAAAGAAGAGUUAUUUCAAUAUUGGAGGAGAAUAAUGCAAAUGAGGAAACAGAAUAAUCACAGGAGUUAAACGGCAGUCUGGAGAUUUGGAGAGAUGCUGUAGAAGCUGAACGAAGAAAAUAUGGUUUUCAAGGUAGUGGUUUGUGGAAGUUUGUUUGUCAAAGAUUUACUUGGAAAGUGCAAUUACAACAUCACUUACUUCCAAUGGUGGAAAUUCUUUCUGGAGCAAAAUCAUCGUCUCAGAAAGCAGAUGAUUUUUAUGAGAAUUACAUCAAUUCAAAUGUUGCAGAUUCUAGAGUUCAGGAAUGCUUGAGGGGCAAAGGUGCAGAGAAAGGUGAUUUUUUCUGUGUUUUUAUGGUCAUUGAAGCACCCACCAAGAGAAGAAAAACCAGGUUCAGAUCAACUAAAGUGGAAGUUCAAGUGAUUUUGUGAAGAAAGCCUCUUCAAAUUUGUGGCAUUGCAGCAGCGGCAACCUCUCCUUUUCUUGUAAGUUUUAUAUCGGAAAAAGCAGUCAAUUUCUGUUUUCGUUUGUUUCAUAUUCAUUUAAUUCUUUGAUCUGAGCAUCUAUACCAUAUGGGUUGUUUUCCUUUGCAAGUGUGGUAAAGUCCAUAGCUAGCUUGGUUUGUAUUCUUUGAUUUGUUUGUUUUUGAGAGUUCACCUUCUUUGUAUAAAUAAAUUGUACAGUGUAAAACACCAAAAUUAUAUGUUAGAUAGUGAUUGAUA